AUGGAGGAGGACGAGGAGAUCCAGUCGCAACCAAGCUACGAGACAUGCAGUGUGCGGCUGGUGGUCCUUCACGACCUCGUUCCCGACGCCAGCCAGGAUCGCUUCAUGGAUCUGGAUGUACCUGUUGCCCAGCCAGAGGCGCUGCCAACGUACGGCGAUGUGGAGCGAGCCUUGCAGACCCAUGACUUUAGAGAAGUUGCCUUCCGCCCAAACCCUCAGUUCUGGUUUCCAGUCGUUGGCGUUGCGCUGCCCCUGUUGCAAAUCCAACGUCCCGCGGUCGCGAUUUCACAGCGCGAACAAAACUUGCGAUUGUCUUCCGUGCAACCCGCGUCCACCGACUUGGCCGACGACGAAACUAGCACGCGAUCCGUCGAGGCCGCCUACGACCGUGCCAGCCACACCAACUCUCCAACAACGAUUUAUUCGCGCCUGCUCCAGCAAGAAGCGAGUUGA